AGGCAGAAGCCCUAUGGUUAAGAUAGGUCGAAAAUAAAGUCAUAUUGUAGCUGGCUGGUAGUGUACGAGUGUGGACUUCUUUUGCUCGAAAAAUAAUGGAAAUUAGCUUCAAAGGAAAACGGGCCCUCGUGACGGGCGGAGGCAGAGGUAUUGGGAAGAGUAUUGCCCAGGCGUUACUCAAGUGCGGGGCGGAGGUGAUCGUGUUUGAGAAGAUUGAGGAAGACCUCAACAAGUUUAAACAAGAGGAACCGAGUAUCGUGGCGGUGGCAGUGGACCUGUCAGACUGGGAAGCGACACGGCGGGCUGUGGAGGCCGCGGGAGCUGUGCACCUGCUCGUCAACAGCGCCGGUGUCGCCGCAAUCACUCCGUUUCUUGAGGUUACGAAGAAGGAAAUCGACUGGGUGUUCAGUGUGAACUUUCAAGCCAUCGUCAAUGUGUCACAGGUGGUAGCCCGGGGUAUGGUGGAGCGAGGGGAGGGCGGGGCGAUCGUUAACAUCUCAAGUAUGACCACCAAUGUGGCCUUCCCCGAGCACACUUCCUACUGUUCCUCUAAGGGUGCCGUGGACACUCUUACCCGCGUAAUGGCACUUGAACUGGGCCCACACCAGAUCCGUGUGAACGCCAUUCACCCGACCAUCGUGAUGACGGACAUGGGGCGGCGGGCGUGGGAGGACCCCAAGAAGCACAUGAAAUACCUCGUCCGUACUCCCAUGGGUCACUUUGCAGAGCCGACGGAUAUAUCCGACGGAACGAUGUAUCUACUGAGUGACAUGGCCAAAAUGGUUAACGGUACAAUCCUUCAUAUAGACGGCGGACUGACGUCCAACUAACCCUCGUCAGCCGCGUUGAGGCAGGAACAGUCAACAGUUCCGGUUCAGUUGCAGCAUAAAUCAUAUCAUAAACGUUGACUUGAAGUACAUUGAAUUUAAAAUUUGUCUUGUGCGCUUGCAUGGAAUAAAAUCUUGGUUUAAAAAUACAAA